AUGUCAAGAUUUAGUGGUUGUACCAAUUAUGGUUAUAACACGCCAACUACUUGUUGUGCGGACACGUAUAUUAAAGCCCUCCGUGGGACCUCGUUCUCAAAUUUAAAUCCAUAUCUAAAACCGUUGUUGAGCGAACUUGCUCUUAUUAUGGUAUUGUGGGUUUUCAUAACUUGUGUGAUAUUCAUCAUUAUUUUGGUCUUUUGGAAAAAAAGACGGUUACUUUACUACUCUUGGAAAAUUCCGGGUCCAUUUUCACUGAUCAGUGUGCAAAUGUUAUGUGGAACAAAAGAUGAUGCUUACGAAAAGUUUUGUCAAAACCUGGAUACCUAUAGACCCGUUAUGAAAGGCUGGGCGGGUUCACAAUUGUAUAUAGCGACCAUGAGACCGGCAGACGUAGAAAAAAUAUUGACGAAUUGUCUAAACAAGUCACCUUUCUACGAGACUUUUAACGAUUUAAUGAAAGACAUCCUAGUGGCAUCAAAAGUCAACGUCUGGAAAAAACACCGAAAACUCAUCAAUCCCUCGUUUAAUUUGAAGAUUUUAAAUUCGUUUCACGAUAUAUUUGUGAAAUAUUCAAGAGAAAUUGUGGAGUUUUUGAAUGAGACAGAAGGUAGCGAACAAGUGGAUCUCGUUUCAGUUAUUUGGGCACAGACAUUUGAUACUGCUUUAGAAACCUUCGCAAACGUAAGACCGCAUGUGAUCAAGAAAAGAUACAAUGCCAUUAGGGCCCUCGUGAAAUACGAAGAGAUAGUUAUACAGAGAUUCUAUAAAUCUUGGCUUCUUAUUGAUUUUAUUUGGAAAUCAUCCAACUUAUAUAAAGUGCAUCAAAUGGCUUGCCAAACUUUUCGUGCAAUUUUCGAAAAAAUAGUAGCAGAAGCACACAAAGCGUAUGAGUCCGAAGACAGAAAUGAUGAUACCAUUCAUAGAAAGCUUUUUCUACCAAACUUGAUCCAAUUAAGCCAAGUUAAGCAAAUUACCCUUGAACAAAUUUUAGAAGAAACGUGUUUUAUGAUUAUAGCAGGAAGCGAAACGACAGCAAUCACAGUCAAUAUGGUUUUAAUAAUUUUAGGAAUCUAUCCAGACAUUCAAGAAAAAGUUUACCAAGAACUCGUUUCAGUGCUGCCACACCUGGAAAAAGAUCCAACUUCAGAAGAGAUCAGUCGUCUGGAUUACCUAGAGCGUGUGAUAAAAGAAACUAUGAGAUUAUCUCCUGCAGUUCCUUUUAUUUUGCGAUAUGCUGACGAAGACAUUAAUUGCGAUCCUUAUGUUUUCCCUGCCGGGUCCAACUUCUUAAUUCCUAUAGUGCAACUGCACAACGAUCCGGAUGUGUGGCCUGAACCAGAAAAAUUUGAUCCAGAUCGGUUUAAAAUAUGGGAUGAUGUCAGUGACAACAAUGCUUGCGACAAUCCUGAGACGCUUCAAGGUACAAACUCCUGA